AUGGAUUCCAGUAUGGAUGACCUCUUCAGCGCAUUGAAGAGUUCGAUCAACAAAGAUACUACAUCCACCAACACAACAGUCAUAACAAAUCAAAUUGAUAAUGACUUGGAUGCUAAUGACAAUAUUGUGGGGCUUGAUGGUAAUAAAAUUGAUACGGAGAAAGUAUUUCGUGAUAUUGAGAUUAGUAUGAACCAGCUACCGAAACUUGAUAACGGAUUUGAUUCAUUAGUUAAAACCAAGACUAUUAUACCGAAUUGUAAAUCAAGUGAGGUAAAGGCUAAGAUGGCACAUAAAGAACAAAUACAAGAUGAAUGGUUUACGUUACCAAAACCAACUGAUAGUAAACGUAAACAGUUACAAAGAGAUCUAACGUUGAUUAAACAUCGUGCUGCUUUGGAUCCAAAGAGACAUUAUAAGAAGGAUAAAUGGGUUGUGCCUGAACGAUUCUCUGUAGGGACAAUAGUUGAAAGCAAAAGUGAAUUUUAUAGUAGUAGAAUUAAGAAUAAAGAUAGAAAAUCUACAAUUUUGGAAUCUCUUAUGGGUGAUGAUACAAGUAAGAAAUAUUUUAAGAGGAAAUUUACAGAAAUUCAAGAUAAAAAGAGCAGUGGUCGUAGAGGUCAUUAUAAAAAGAAUAAGGAUAUGAGGAAAAGAUAUUAA